CUUUCAGGAAACUUAUCAUUUCGGCUUGGUCAUUAGAAUCCAUUAAACAAGUGUUUAUCCUAAGGUGUAUGUUAUAUACCCUUAAUAGUAGAAUUGAGGUCAUGGCUAGAGUUGUGUCUGUACAUUCCAGCGAAGGAUGAGCGAUUUGUUUCCCAGCCUUCGACAAAUUGCUGCCUGGAAAUCUAAACCCGGGGCAAAAUACGUCUGUCUUUCAGGAAGCGGAUGUUGUUGACGUUUUCAUUUCAACGUUAUCCGGUUUUUAAGUCAGGCUAACUUGGAGAAACAGCAGCGUACGGCAAAAUCAUAUACUUUUUAAACGAAGAAAAAAAAGCGAUAUCCAGCUCAGAUCUGCUGCCCUACAAUGGACACGAUUUUAGUGGAUUUGUCUUGUACUCUUGGCCUGUCCUUUGCCACCAGCCCGGCUAGAUAGCACAGCUGGCUAACUGGCUAAUUAAAACCCGAGAAGUGCUUGGCUGGUUGUCUGACAAGCUGACGAUAGAGAACUGUCAAGAGGAUGGAAUAUAAUUAACUUAUGUCUAAAAAGGUUUACAUUUGAAACGCCAGAGUGAUAACAGGAGGUUGUUUUGACUUUUGGUUUAAUUCGCAGUAGAUUGUGUGGUGUAAGUAAACGAUUAGAUUAUAAACAGAAAUAUGACAAGGAGUGUUAUCACCGGUGUAUCUGGCUUUGGUUUACUGUUAGUCUGCAUAUUGUGAUAGCUGAGAAGGCUAGAAGUUACCUUGAUCGCAGCUGCAUGAACAUUACAUCUAGAAAACAACAUUAUAGCUUUCAUAUUUAAAUCGCUCGGUUCAUUUGACUUAACGUUAGAAGAUUUGUUUUAUGCUUAGGGUUACAUGUAACGUUAGACGUUACCUGUCAAAUAUCCUGUUCACAGUAGGUCCGGUGUGACAGCUUGGAAAAGUAAACAGGUGUGACACACCAACCGGCUCACAGGACCAACUUUGCACAGCUGCUGCUGCAGCUAAUAUGUAAUAUAUCUCUAGCCUUAGAUCUGGUUACUUAAAAUAACAUUCCUACAAGGUGUUUGGUUGCAGCUUUGGCCUUAGGUACUCAACUUAAAUGCACAUUGUACAGAGUUUCAUUGAUUCAGCCUUGUUUUUGAUGUUGCUAAGAAGCAGAUGGAAUGGAAGGAGCCAGGACUGAGCACCAAACUGGGAUAUUUCCUUGAUACUUUCUGUAACUACUGAUGAUUAGUUGUUCCAUCGUAGGCAAAAUCAAAAAGUGCUUUAACAUGAUUUUAAAGGUAUAACGUUAAUGGGAUUGUGUAGGCUUAGGUGUUAUAUAAUUUUAAGGUGUUUGCAAAGGGCAGUGGCUCAGUGACUGACUGAGAGCCAAAUUUUAGUUGUAUGUAUAUUACUGUGACUUUGCCCACCUACCAUAAUGGCGCUUGUACUUUUCUUAUUGAUGCUGGCUGGAGUAUUGUGCAGCCUUGGACAGGCAAUGUCACAGGAAGAGAAACUCAGGUUGAGGAACCAAGUGGUUGAGAUGUUUGACCACGCAUAUCAGAAUUACAUGGACCAUGCAUACCCAGCAGAUGAGCUGAUGCCUCUAACAUGCAGAGGAAGAGUACGUGGGCUUGAACCUAGUCGAGGGGAUGUAGACGAUGCUCUGGGAAAGUUCUCUUUGACCCUCAUAGACACUCUGGAUACUCUUGUGCUUUUGAAUAAGACAACAGAGUUUGAGGCUGCAGUGAGGAGAGUCCUGUCGGAUGUGAGGCUGGACAAUGACAUUGUAGUGUCAGUCUUUGAAACCAACAUUCGAGUCCUUGGAGGUCUAUUAGGCGGGCAUUCCAUGGCUGUGAUGCUGAAGGAGAGAGGUCAACACAUGCAGUGGUAUCAGGAUGAGCUCCUACAUAUGGCCAAAGAUCUGGGUCUUCGACUGCUGCCGGCCUUCAACACUAGCAGUGGCCUGCCUUACCCCAGGGUAAACUUGAAAUAUGGUGUCAGGGGUCCGGAGACAAGAACAGGCACAGAAACAGACACCUGUACUGCGUGUGCUGGGACAAUCAUCCUGGAGUUUGCUGCCUUAAGUCGCUUUAUUGGGGAUCCUGUGUUUGAGGCCCAUGCCCGGAGAGCCCUGGAUUUCCUGUGGGAAAAGAGACAGAGGAAUAGCAAUCUGGUGGGAACCACCAUCAACAUCCACUCUGGAGAGUGGGUCCGAAGAGACAGUGGAGUUGGGGCUGGAAUUGACUCAUACUAUGAAUACCUGCUAAAGGCCUACGUCCUCUUAGGAGAUGACCUGUUUCUGCAACGGUUCAAUGUUCACUAUGCAUCUAUAAUGAAGUACAUUAGCCAGCCUCCUCUGCUGCUGCAUGUUCACAUCCACAAGCCUUUUCUUCCUGCACGCACCUGGAUGGACUCUCUGCUGGCCUUCUUCCCUGGACUGCAGGUGUUGAAGGGAGACAUCCGUCCUGCCAUUGAGACCCAUGAGAUGUUGUACCAAGUUACCAAAAAACACAACUUCCUCCCAGAGGCCUUCACUACUGAUUUCAGGGUCCACUGGGCCCAACAUCCCUUGAGGCCUGAGUUUGCAGAGAGCACCUAUUUUCUUUACAAGGCCACAGGAGACCCUUACUACCUGGAGGCAGGGCGCACCAUCCUGGACAACCUCAACCGCUUUGCUCGAGUUCCCUGUGGUUUCGCUGCAAUGAAGGAUGUGCGCACUGGGAGCCACGAGGACCGAAUGGAUUCCUUCUUCCUUGCUGAAAUGUUUAAAUACCUCUUCCUGCUGUUUGCUGAAGCGGACGACCUACCAUUCGACGUGGAGGACUACAUCUUCACAACCGAGGCUCACCUACUGCCUCUGUCCCUUUCCAGGGCCCCUCACUCCUCAUCUGUUCCUUCCAACAAAACAUCAGAGGAGGAGCUAGAUGACUCUAACUUUGACUGGACGUGCCCUAACACCCGCCUCCUGUUUCCCGACCCCGCCUUUCCCCGUAACCUGAGAGAGCCAAUCCGAAGCGCUGUGGACAAGAGCUGCCCCCGUCCUGCUCCUUACAAAGAACCUGGCAUGGGCCGUCUUCCUCUGAGGGCUCAGGACUUCAUGGCAAACAACCCUGAACAUCUGGAGCUGCUGAGGAGGAUGGGAGUCAGUCUCAUCCACCUGAAAGAUGGCAGAGUGCAGCUUGUCCAGCAUGCUACACAGGCAAUGAGUGCAGUAGCAGCAGAGGACGGUGUACGCUUCAUGCAGGAGAUGAUGGAGCUGUCCAACCAGCAGCAGAAAGAGCAGCUGCCUCCUAGAGCCGUUCAGAUAAUCUCACAUCCAUUCUUUGGCAGGGUGGUGCUGACUGCUGGCCCAGCACAGUUUGGCACAGAUCUGUCCAAAAGUACCACGGGGGUGCGAGGCUUUGUGACUGCAGCUGAACCCUACAGCGGCUGUAAUGAGAUCACUAAUGCUGAGUACGUCCAGGGCCACAUCGCUCUGCUCCAGAGAGGUCAGUGCAUGUUUGCAGAGAAGGCUCGACACAUCCAGAAGGCUGGCGCCAUCGGAGGCAUAGUCAUCGAUGACAACGAAGGUAGCAGCAGUGAUACAGCUCCCCUGUUUCAGAUGGCCGGGGACGGCCGCAACACGGAUGACAUCACCAUACCUCUCCUCUUCCUCUUCCACAAGGAAGGCAGCAUCCUGCUGGAGGCCCUGAAGGAGUACAGGGAGGUGGAAGUGCUACUGAGCGACAAGGCCAGAGACAGAGCUGCCAUAUUCAAAGGUAAACCUCUUCCUGGCAACCUGAUUGAGGACAGUGUGGAUGUGCAAGAAGCGGAGGUGGGCUGCUUAACCGAGGCAACAACUCCUACCUCAUUUGAACCUGUUGCCCAAUCAAAAAUGAGCACAGCGAUGUUAGACGAAUCUCUCCCAGAGGAGGUUACGCCAUCGCAGCAGGCAGUCAUUUCUGCAGACGAAGGUAGUUCAACGGAACAGGAAGCUAUUCCUACAAAGGCAGAGGCAGACUUGCCUCAGCCCAAACAGGACAAAGACUCUGAGAGCAGAGAGGAGUCUCAGGGCAACACAGACUCAAGCAGCCAGUCAGUGGAUGAACUCCUGGCUGACUGGCGGGAAGACCUGGAGGCUUUCCAGAAAAUGGAGGAGGAUGAGCUCUGACAGUCGCUGACUGUGUCAUGACUGUGGUUUGAUCCCACCAUAGGGGAGAGCCCUAGCACAUCACCAGGCUCAGUCCUGAUAAACUCUGCAGAAGCUGCAGAGAUGUCUAAUGACUGUUUUGUCUCCUCCUCUAAAUGGUAUCAUGUGCCAAGGCAGCCCACACACUGUAUCUCGGGACCACAAGGGAGUCCUUUUGAGCCCUGCAGAUGAUGGACCAGGGUUCUUACCUCAGUCUCAAAUGGUUCCUGUUGAUUUGUCAUAACAGACUCUAAUGGAUGACCCGGACCAGUCUGUAUGUAACAGUGUCUCAUUUUCCAGUCCAAAUCACUUCUCGUGUUGUUCUCUAAUUUCUGACUCCUUUUGCUCAAAUGAAUGCUUAUGCAGCACUGACUAAUGAAUCCAUGUACCAGUUCAUUUUAUUUAAAUGUGAUGAUUAUUAGUGGUGAUACUUUUAUGGGACUAAUCAUCUGUACACAUUGAUAAUGGAUUAGUGUGGGCAUCAGUGACAUCAAAUAAGUUGCAGGAUCUUUUUAUGGUACAUAAACCUGAUGCCAAACCUUAUUUCUCUGGAGGCUAUAUGAAGUCAUCUGUCAGUGUAAAUUUGUAUUUGUUGAGACAUAUUUACAAAAUAUAGUGCUGCUUGCUCAGGUUCUGGUCGCCACCCUUCCAUAACUCUGGACCACCCUCAGCAGCAUGCUGGGAUUAUUUACACACCUGAAGGCCGCCACAGGGGGGCGAUGUCUGUCUUUAAGGCUGUCGCAGCUGAGUGACUGGAAGGAUCAAAAAUAAGACAAUAAAUUAACAUGAUGAAAUUAAAUCAAAAUGAAGAUAAUGGGGAAGACUGGCUUGAUUCUUUGUGUUUAUGCUAUUUGAACACUGGACGUUUGGUUUAGAUGUUUCAAUUGCAGAGAUGUUAAAUGGGAGGAGAGAUGAAUUUUGUCUGUUUACUGAUGGAGGCAUGGUUGGAUCCAAGGAGGCUUCUCUUUUUGACUGUAAACCUUAACUUGUGGGGUUUCAGAGAAAGCAGUAAAACUAGUGUAAGGUAAAGAAUUUAUUUUCCAGUAGACAGUUUCUAUAGACUGUAGGCAGACGCCCACUUAAAAUCAGUUGAGUCAACAUGACAUAGAUAUGUAACUGGAAAGUUCUCAGUCUGCACCAUGGAAUAACUGUAAAACCGAUUAAAGCGGAGGUGG